AUGGCGAAAUUUAGACACAAUAAUCUCAACAUAAAAUUCGUAACUGAACUCCUCUUCACCUCUACCCUACUCCAUCUACAACAACUCCUUAAAUUUACAAACCCUAGUCCAGUUGCGGUUCUAGUCAAAACAGGGGGGUUGCUUAUUGGUGCUGUUGUGAACAUGAGACCUGAUUUAUUUAAGGCUACUGUAGCUGGAGUACCAUUUGUAGAUGUUGUGACUACAAUGCUUGGUCCAACUAUUCCUCUUACAAUUGCAGAAUGGGAGGAAUGGGGUGAUCCUCGGAAAGAAGAGUUCUACUUUUACAUGAAAUCAUAUUCGCCAGUUGACAAUAAACAGUCGGUUGUUGGGACUCCUGACUAUCUGGCUCCUGAGAUACUUCUUGGCGCGAGACAUGGUGCAACCGCUGACUGGUGGUCUGUUGGUGUUAUUCUUUUUGAGCUACUUGUAGGGAUACCACCGUUUAAUGCAGAAUCUCCACAGCAAGUCUUUGCCAACAUUAUGAACAGAGAUACAACAUGGACCAAGAUUCCUGAGGAGAUGAGCUAUGAAGCAUAUGAUCUGAUUAAUAAGUUGCUGACUGAAAAUCCAGCUCAACGCCUUGGUGCCAUAGGGGCUGUACAGGUAGAGAUGCACCAUUUCUUUAAGAAUAUCCACUGGGACACACUUGCAAGGCAGAAGGCUACAUUCAUACCAUCUGCUGAGACUCUGGACACAAGUUAUUUCAUGAGCCGGCUGGGUGAUGAAUGUGGUAACCUGGAAGAAUUUGGUGCUUCAACUCUCAAUGUGAAUUACUCAUUCAAUAAUUUCUCAUUUAAGGUGAAUGCUCUGUUAUCUUAUUUAGAGAUCGAUAAUCAUGAGGGGUUGGUUAGGGAGCACAUGCAUGGUAGAUACGCAGAGCUGGAACAGUAUUGGGGGGAGUCGCAAGUCAUGGGGCCUGGGCCCCGUGCAGAUGGUUGGGCUGAUGAAUUUUCCCAAGAACAUGGUGGGGACCCGAAUGCUUGGGCUUUAUCCUUUGAGCAACAACAUGGAGCAAACGCAGAUGAUGUCUGUGGUCCGAAUGGCAGGUGCAAACAGGAAGUAGAUCCAUUUGAGAGAUUAACUGAUCAAGACAUCCGCACUACAAUCCACCAUGCAACUAGUCCUGGAUCCGCUUUAUUCGUGCAAGAGGUUUAA